UUUUAAGUUGUACGAUUGCGGACAGCCUUAACAAACUUGAUUCCAAAAGCGACGAUUGUUAUCGAUUAUCGUCGCAAGUCAGAGAGACACAUGCGGCUCAUUUCGCUGACUAAACUUUAGUUCGUGUCACAUUAAAUGUUUGAAUAUCAAUUAAGAGUAUGAAAUAUGGACUUAAUUAAGUUUAAUAAAUUCGUCUCAUCUUUUAGCCUUUAUAUGUGAAAUUAAUUUUCGAAUUUAAAUAUAUUUAAUAUAUGUAACUAUCAUUUAAACAUUCGAUAUGACAGGGGCUAAACUUUAGAGGAGGGCAACCAAACACCAGUGAAUUCCAACACGGUAACUAUAGUCCUCCAUGAUCAGACGAUCACUAAUAAUGAGCCAGCAAAACACAUGUGCAUAAACUAGAUAGAUAGGCGCCUGUGGGCCAACAGUGCAAGCACAAUUCAGAAAGAUUUUUUUUUAAAAAAAAACAAACCUGCAAACAUCUUAUGCACUCCAAACUUGACUUCAAAACCGGUCAACGAGGUUCUCUCAUCUACGAAGAAACCGAUGCACACUAUAUUCAGCAAAAGCACAAGGAACAACUUGGCCGCGUCGAACAGAAAAUCAAGUGGCACAUCUGAGCUGUUCUUUUCAAGACCAUUCUGCCUUGUUAUUUGUGAAACACUGUAGCAUUUACUACGUCGAUUCGGAAAGGGCCAUGGACUACACGCAAUUGCCACAUUUGACAUGACCAUGCGCGUGUUUGGUUCCGCUUCUGGCGGGAUUCUGGCCGCCAGAAGCUGAAGCUCCUCCCAAACGCGCCGCUUCUCCUCCCGCUUUUCCCCGUCGCGCUUCGCUGAGAAACCAGCCGACUACGCGAAGACAGAAGCUGCCCUCAGGACGCUUCCGCAGAAAGCCGCAUCAUUUGGGUAGGGUUCGCACCCCGCGGCCCCUCAGCUCUCUCGUCCCCAUCGCUACUCCCAUCGCCGCCGCAGCUCUCCUCCCAUCGCAUCUCCCGCCGCCGCGCGGGUCGUCUUCGCAGGUAAGCUACCUCUCAUCCAUGCCGCCCUUCUCUACUUUCUCGUCCGCCGCCGCAGUGGUUUUUGAUGGCUCCGUAACCCUUCACAGCGCUAGGGUUUUGACCGCGGAGCCGCAACUCCGUCGUGAACUCCCUCUGUUGUCGUCAACCUGUGGACUCCUCCCCCCCUUUCCCAUCUCGGCGUCUACGCAGGUACCAUCUUAGGGAAACAGGGAAUAAGUUUGCUCUUUUGGUUAAUGGGCUGCUGUAAAUGUGUUCCCUGUCCUUUUGUGUCCACUACCAGUUUAUUUAAGGUUGUCGUUGUGUAAUUAAGCAAAUUAGAAUGUUAGUACUUAUGGUUUUACCUGAUGUUAAUAUGGCCAGUAUAGUGUUCAUCUUUUUGUUGUUCUUAAUCCGAGACCACUACUACGUAUGUUGAAAACUAUAUACUUGUUAUGCACUAGAUGGACAAGUCUGGCAAAGUGAUUGCAAAGUGGGAUAGUAGAGCAACAAAAAUUUACACAGAAAUUUGUGUAGAAGAAGUCAAUGCUCGGAACAGGCCCCAACAAUUUCUAAAUACAGAAGGGUAUGCUAACCUCAUAAGGAAGUUUAAGGAACGCACUGGUCGCACUUACACCAGGGAUCAAAUGAAGAAUAGGUGGGACGCCUUAAAGCGAAUGUUCACACAGUGGAAAACUCUUAAUGAAAGGGCUACAGGUCUUGGUCGAGACCCUCAUACUGGUUCAAUCAGUGCGCCAGAUGAGUGGUGGGCCAAGCAAAAUGAAGCAAUGCCAGGUUGUAUUAUGUUCAAAACAGCCCCCCUAGAGAAUGAGGACGAGCUAAAGGUUAUGUUUGGACCCAUUGUAUGCACAAAUGAAAGAACCUUGGUACCUGGCGUCGAGGAUGCUAAUUCAUCUUCUGGUGAUCAUUUGGAAGAAAUUUUAGGUGGGGGUGAAAACAACACUUCUGACCCCUGCACAAAUGCUACUGGGAAGCGUAAGAUGCGUCAUGAUUCUCCUAAACCAAAGAAGAAAAAAGAUUCGAGGGAAGAGUACAUGAGAAGACUAGUGGAGGCUUUUGAGUCCCGCUCAAUGACCACUAACAAGUCCAUUACCUCUGCUGACAAUGACCCAGUUCGACUUGAGCUUAAAAAGCAGUUGCAACAAGUCAUGGAUGAUGUGUCGCAGAACCUCCCAAGUUAUCGGGCCCACAUGCACCUGUCCUUGUCUCAAAGACCUCAGACAGCUAUGCAUAUUUGCCUGGUCUAG